GGACUGUGGAAGUCGACCAACAGUCUUUGGUGGUAUAGCAAAGCACAUGGCUAGUGCGGGCGAAGCUUCACCACUGCUCAACACGGUGGGGGCGUGUAAUGCCGAGACACCGCCUGGUGUCCGUCCGUGGACUCGGCAUGGCGAGUCUGUCCUGCUCCCUGAAGAGCGUGCUGAAGGUGCCAACGCCAUGGGUACCUUUUCUGGCGUGGUCAUGCCCAACACGCUGGGAGUCUUUGGCGUCAUCAUCUUCCUCAGGCUGUCUUGGGCGUGUGCUCAGUCAGGACUGCUCCUCUUUCUGGUCAUCAUGACUGCCGCCUACUCGGUCGCCGGCCUCACCGUUCUCUCGCUCAUGUCCAUCUCCACCAACGGCCGGGUCCGUGGCGGCGGGUGCUACUUUAUGAUCUCGCGGGCGCUCGGCCCCGAGUUUGGUGGUGCUAUUGGCCUCAUCUUCUACGCCGCCAACAUUGCCGGCUGCGGUCUGUAUCUGGUCGGCCUCUCGGACGCGCUCAUCUCGGCCUUUGACCUGCCAGGCACCCGCUGGCACAAGCUCGCCUACGGAUCGGCGGUCCUCCUGCUGGUCACGGUAGUGUGCCUCGUCGGCGCCAAAGCGUAUGCCAAGACCGGGAUCUUUAUCUUUGUCCUCCUCUGGGCCAUCAUUGCCGUGGUCCUCGGCUCGAUCUUCUUCCGAUCCAACGGCUCGGUCGCCGGCUACACCGGCUUCUCGAGGUCGACGCUCCACCACAAUCUGUACCCCGACUUCCAGGCUGCGCCUGCCGGCGCCGGUGCGCAGUCGUUCCAGUCGGUGUUUGCGGUGUACAUGCCGACGACGACCGGCCUGCUUGCCGGCUCGAACAUGUCGGGCGACCUCGCCGACGCGGCGCGGUCGCUGCCGCGCGGCACCUUUAUUGCGGUUGUGCUGACGUACGUCACGUACGCGCUGCUUGCUGUCUCGAUGGCGGCGACGAUCCAGCGGUCCGAGAUGCUGGAGAACUACUACGUGGUGCAGGACAUUUGCAUCUCCAAGUACAUUGUGACUGCCGGCAUUGUGUGCUCGACGGUCUCAUCGGCGCUCGGCAACCAAAUCGGCGGCUCACGGAUUGUGCAGGCAUUGGCUCGCGACAAGCUCUUUGCCUUUCUCAAGCCGUUUGCCUAUGGCGCGCCCGGCUCGGACGAGCCGCGGUACGGCGUGCUCCUCUCGAUGGUACUCAUCCAGGCGCUGCUGUUUGUGGGCGAUCUCAACACGCUCGCAAAGAUCACCACCUCCUGCUUCCUCAUCUCGUUUGUCAUCAUCAACUUUGCCUGCUUUGUCCUCUCCAUCUCGGGCACGCCCAACUACCGCCCGUCGUUUACCGGCUCGAACGCGUUCACGACCGGCCUCGGCACCGUCGUCUGUCUAGGCACCAUGUUCUUUGUCGACGUCGUCUACGCUGGCGUCUCGCUGGGCUUCCUUGUCAUCCUCCUCAUCUAUGUCCACUGGACGGCGCCGCCGCUCAACUGGGGCUUCAUCUCACAGGCGCUCAUGUACCACCAAGUCCGCAAGUACCUGCUUCGGCUCGACGUCCGCAAGAACCACGUCAAGUACUGGCGGCCGCAGUUUCUCUACCUCUGCGCCAACCCGACGUCGUCGCUGCAGGUCCUCGACUUUGUCAACAACCUCAAAAAGGGUGGCCUCUACGUGGUCGGCCACAUCCUGGUCGGCGACGUCGUCUCCCAAGGUCGUCGCUACAAGCAGCAGGUCGCAGCAUGGCGCGAGUUUAUCGCCGACACCAAGAUUAAGGCCUUUUCCGAGACCCUCAUUGCGCCGUCGGUCCGGGCCGGCGCCCGGUCGCUGCUCGAGGUCUCGGGCCUCGGCGCGCUGCAGCCAAACACGCUCAUUAUGGGCUUUUUCGACACGUCGACGUCAAUGGCCGACGCGCAGGCGGCCGGGCUGGGUCCGGACGACUUGCGGUCGACGGUCUCGCUCCGCGGGCCGGCGCUCUCGGGCCGGCGCGAGUUUGUGUCUGCGGCGCGGCGGCACUUUGCUGCCGCCUUUCGCGAGCCGACCAGCGCCUCGGCUAUUACCCUAGCUGAGUACGUGGGCAUCAUCAACGACGCGCUGUUCUUCAACAAGAACGUGGUCAUCACCCGCAACUUUGAAAGGCUCGACAAGGAGCUGAUUGUGACCCGCGCGCUCUCGCGGUUCGGCGCUGAGCCGCAGCGGUCGGCGUCGUUCUUUUCCAACAUGUACCGGUCCACCACCGCAGCGCUCUCAAGGAGCCGCAAGAUCAACAUCGACUUGUGGCCCAUCGACGUCUCGGGCACCUCGCAGUUUGACCACUCGUUCACCCUUCUCCUGCUCUUUGGCUGGAUUCUGCAGUUGACCGACAUCUGGUCCAAGUUUACCCGCCUCCGGGUCUUCUCCAUUAUCCACACCGGCGAGUCCAAGGAUGCCGAGCGCGAGCGCAUCGAGCUCAUGCUCCGUACCGCCCGCAUCGACGCCGAGGUCAUCCCGCUCGAGCUCUCCGAGGCCGCCUCGGCUUCGUGGUUUGACGCUACGCCGCCGUCGGUCGGGCCCGAAUGGGCCAACGCCGACCGCAACUCGGACGGCGAUGAUGUUGAGCCCGCCACGGUCGCCGCUGCCGCAGACGAGGAUGCCCGUAUCGGCGCGUCGUCCGCGCGGACGUCGACUGCGUACUAUCCGUACGAGGACGAGGUCCACGAUGGUGUCGACCGCGACUCGGACGCCUUCCAGCGGCUGCUCCUCGUCCGCUACAGCAUCGUCAACCAACUCAUGCGUGCGUACUCGGCCGAAGCCGGGGUGAUCUUCUCCACCUUUGACCGCCCGUCCGUCGCUGUCCGGUACAACACCCACUUUCUCGCCGGCCUCGACGCGCUCACCCGUGAUCUGCCGCCGAUCCUCUGCCUCUACGGGAUCGGCACGUUCCUUGCCACUGAAAUGUAA